ACAAUCAACGUGCGCGUAAGAGCCGUGAGUUUUUACAACAAGUAACAGAACCUCGCACCACUCCAACCAGAGCCAAUUGUACUUUACUGUUGGUUCAGCUUCAACCCUUAUCACGUUUUCGCUGGUAGCCUAUUGACGUGGAAGUCUCGAGUAGCUAUACCGUCUCAAAGUUGUUAAGGAGUUGAGUGAGUGCGUACCGUUAACGUUAUUGGACAACGGGGAGACGGACUCGAAUGUUUACGUCGUAGUGUUAGAACGCGAGGCUGAGUUCUGUCUCGAUGCCAGUGUGAGUUGAUUUUCGGUGUUCGGAGUCGAUCUCGGACUUUUUGAAAAAACGACAAAAAGUUCAAGCUGCAAUGUGAUGUGAUUGAUAAACUACGGUCAAAAGUUAUUUAACACCGUAGGACAAAUGGAUCAACCAGAGGAGGAGCCAGAGCAGAUCGCCACAUGGUUCAGUGAGCAGGGACUCCCUGUUGACUCCCCUGUGGAGGCUAAGCUGCGUUUGCUAUGGAGUGCCCUCCAGCGCACAAGAAGUUGUCUGAGCAGUGUGACAUGGGAACUGGACACCCAGCGCUCACAACACUUAGCAGAGAUGGCAGAGGUACGCAAGUCCUUGGAGCAGAUCCGAAUCUUUACAGAGCACAAAGAUGUUUUGGCUCAGGAGAUACAAGACGAAAACGAUCAGCUUAAGGAGCAGCUGCGACGUCUAAUAUCCCUUCAAGAUGCCCAGAUAAACGAGGUGGCUAAGAUGCUGUACCAGCAGGGUCUCACAGAGUUGAUUCACAGCAGCCCCAGUGAGCAGGUGGCCUAUCUCCUGGUGGAGAGAGCCUCCUUACUUGAGAUGAGUGAGGAUCCUAACAAUCUGACGGGUGAUGGAAACACAGUCAGCCUGCUGGGAUCUGAAGCCCAGGCACUGAACACCAGUGCACACCAGUCUUCCCACAAGGGGGCACCACGUCACAGCCAGAGCCCAUGGAAGAGACUCUUUGGACUCCACAAAGCUUCACAGAGCAAACAUACUUUUGUUCCUGCUGAGCCCAGGCAUUUGGCUGGCCAGGCAAGCAGCAUGGAGAGGGAAUGUUCCCGUCUGGAGCGGGACCUGGAGGAGGCCUCCCGCCGGCUGGCCAUGGCCCACAAUGAGAUCCGGCGUUUGACUGAUGAGCUGGAGUCUGCUCAUUUGACUCAAAAAGAUUAUGACGUGGUGGAACUGCGAAAGGCCAAAGAGCUGAACGAUUGUCUGGACCUUGAGAUCAGAGCCUUGAGGAGCAGGGUACGCACCCUGGAUGCUGAGAAAAGCUCGCUGCAGCAGACGGUGGCGUCUCUGCAGAGGGAGGUGGAGCGGCUGCAGUCAGUUCUGCAGGAGCAGCAGCAGCAGCUCCUCACUGUGCAGGUUCAGGCCAAGCAGGCUAAUGAGUUAGCUAAAAUACGAUCGGACACCUCCCACAAUGACCUGGAUUACCCUAUAGCUACCACCUGCAGCAAAGAAAACAAUCUUCAGGAUCAAAAGCUGUGGAAGCAAAAUGAAGCUGAUUUGGAGAACUGUGAAAACACUCACUGUCAUCUGAGAGAACACAAAGAGCUGCAGACAGAACUACUGCUGCUGCAGAACAAGGAAAACACACUGCGUAAGGAGUGUCCUCAUUGCCAAGAGGCAGUGAUGACUCUGUUGACAACCCAAGAGGAGUGCAAGACACUCAAGGAUGAGAUCUGUGAAGCCCUUAAAUGCCUUGACAAAGAGCGGAGUAAAUACCAUGAAAUGAAGGAAAAGCACAAGGCAAAACUGUGUCGAGCCAAACAGAAAUGUGAUGAUGAAACCACAUGGCGUGACAAGAAGAUAAAAACUCUAGAGCGAGAACUGUCCUUUUGUUCCCAUUCAGUAGCAAAGGAAAAAGAGCUUACCAUAAGCAUUACCGCGGAAAAUGAGAAACUACUUGUUGAGAGGAGAAGGCUACUACAACAGCUAAAUGAGGAGGAGCACAACAAGAACGACAGUAAUCUUACAGCUUCUUUGUCCCAAUGCAGGGUGGAUUUUCUAGAGAUGGAAAACAAGAAACUAGGAAACAAAAUACUUCACAUGUCCAAGCAGCUAGCUGUCCUGGAACGGGGACUGCAAAACAUGCAGUCGCUCCACUUUGCUGAGGUACCGGGCCCAGAACGGAAGAAAACCUCAAAUCUUAUGCAGGUUUUUAAAUCCCUCCCUUUGCAGACUUCAAGUGUGAUGAUGCCUGAGUCAUCUGAUAUUCAGGGCCUAUUGGACAAUACUCCGAGCAAGCAGACAGCCGUGACCUACUACCCUCACUGUUUGAUCUCUGGGCCUCUGUCUCGAUCAGCAGAGAUGGGCUAUCUGAAUCUUACAUCCGCUCCGGGACGCUCAGACCACUCCACUCCUCUGGCUGCCCUCAGCAGCUCAUAACGUACAUGUUCCUGAGAUCUUCUGUCUGUCUGCAACGUGUAUAUAUAUACUGUACAGAAAUUAUUUUAUUUUUAAAUUAUUAAACUUUUUUUUCCCCCUUACUUCCCUUAUAAUUUAAUUUUCAAUUUUAUCCUGAGCACAACAACAAUCUGGACACUUCCAGAUCUCAUCUUUUAACGGUUUAAAAUCCAGACUUGUAACUUGAAAGCCUUAAAAAGUAAUCUAAUUUUAACACUUGAACUUCCCCUCACUACUUGAAACUGUUUCCCACACGAUCAACACCGGCCGCUACAUGUUGCGUUUUGUUUUUUUACGCCAUUUAAAACGCACAGUGUAUUCAUUCAGCUGCAUUUCCUUUCCCUGCUCUCCUCCGUCUCACACCUCACUCACACCCACACCAUGAAAAUGAGAGAAGACAGCUGGCGAAAUACACAAGUUCACAAAAGGUUGGUAUCUCUGGAUACCUUUACACAAUCACGCAUUAAAAAGUGCUAUAAAAAAUAUUUUCUAUUCUGAA